AGGCAGCAAAACACCCGUCACAGUCUUCCGCGGGAAAUUCAGUAUCUACUACCUUAGCGUUUUCUUUCUUGUUUGGAUUGCAAACAUAACAGCAGGACUAUAAAACAUAUUGCAACGCAAAACUUAUCGUCAGUGGAUGUUGCUGGUAUAGCCAACGCAAUAAAAUGUCAAAGAAGAAAGGACUAAGUCUGGAGGAGAAGAGAACUCGCAUGAUGGAGAUCUUCUUUGAAACGAAAGAUGUGUUUCAGCUGAAAGACAUUGAGAAGAUCGCCCCUAAGACAAAGGGCAUAGCUCCCAUGACUGUAAAGGAUGUGCUGCAGAGCCUGGUGGAUGACAACAUGGUGGACUGUGAAAGAGUGGGUACAUCCAACUACUACUGGGCCUUUCCCAGCAAGGCUCUGCACGCUCGCAAGCACAAACUGGAGGAGCUGCAAAAACAGAUUUCUGAGGCGAAGCAGCGGAAAGUGUCUGUAGAGAAAGCGGUUGAAAAGGCGAAAGUAGGACGUCAAGAUACAAAGGAGAGAAGCGCUCUGCUGAAGGAGUUGGAGGCUUUGAGAGAGGAGCGAACUCAGCUGCAGGCCGAGUUGGAGAAGUACAGAGAAUGUGACCCAGAGGUCGUCGAGGAGAUGAGAAAGUCAAAUGUUGUCGCAAAAGAAGCUGUUUCCAGGUGGACAGAUAAUGUUUUCGCCAUCAAGUCAUGGACGAAGAAGAAGUUUGCCUUUGAUGACAGCCGCAUUAAUAAAGCCUUUGGGAUCCCGGAGGACUUUGACUACUUGGACUGACUGCCAGCUUUUCUACCAGAGUUCAUGGUCACAAUAAGUGGAAAAAUAAGUGUUUGAGCUUCAGUUUGAAGCCAGUGUACCUGGUCUCAGCAGUUCUAGUUUAUGGUCUGUGUAUUACAGUGACAAUAAAUGCACCAGUGUUCAUAUUUAUGGCCUGGGUUGGGCUUUGAAUAAGCACUGAUAUCAGUAAUUUCGCCGUGGCAGAGGGACUUUAUCAGCGGCUAUGUUGCUUUGGUGCAACCAGAGAAGAGAAGCACAAAUUGUUAGUGGCUGUAAGUGGUGACAGAGUUCUGUGAUGAACACAACCUAGCAGCUUGACUUUUGGGACACCUGUUUGCAUGAAAAUUGAGAACCCCAAGUUGAUGAUGGAAGGGAAUUAACACUUGACACAUCUGUGUAGUGAAUGAUCUAAUUUAUAUGGUUUAAACAGAUGGUUUGGAAUCAAAUGCUUGGGCUCUUUUUUCCUACAUUAUUUUUGCUAGGAGGGAAAAAGAAAAAGUGCUUUUGGGAAACAUCCAGUCCUCCUUGUUGUUCAUAAAAAGUGCACUGACUGACGGGACAGUUAAAUAACAAAGGAUAUGUUUAGGAUAUGUCUACAGUUGUAAAUAUAUUUGAGGUACGUUUACUUUUUGCAAAACCUCUUUUCUAGUGCUGCAAAUAAAAUGUCCCUCUGAGUUUUACAAGUCAUUUUCUGCGGUUGUAUUCAUUCUAAAACUUAAUGUGCGGUAUACAAAUGUAUGUGCACCAGGCCUCCUGUCUUUUGUGAUUUCAUUUCUUACGAAAUUGCCACUAAAACAUUGCAAAAUCUGUCACAGAAGCACAUUUUUUCCAGAGCUGCACGCUCACUUUCUGUAUGAACAAAAAAGGAACACUGCUGUCAUGACAUGUCCAGAAUGACUCGUGCCCUGCUUAUUUUCCUGUCUUUUUCCUCUGUCAAACCAGAUGCAAAACAGGUAGUUGUGUGUUCUGUGUUUACUCAGUGACCUAGUUGACAAGGCCAGUGUGUCUUUGGGUUUGUUGAUUUACAUUUCAAAUUUGCUCCAUGCUCAUCUUGUCUUUCUCAUCAGUUGAGUUUUCUUUCCAGCAGAUGAAUGAUAUGCAAACACUGUUCUCUGUUACAUCCUUUUUAUUUAUGACAUUGCUUAAUGCAAGUUAUUUUUAUAUGUGACUUAAGAAAGAAGAUGUUGGUCUUAAGAGACAAAUGUCAUGUGAAAGAUACACGUAUCCUUGCAAACAUGCUGUAGAUGAGUGAUUAAACAUGGGCAGCUUCCUGUUUAUAAUGCUUCCUCAUGCACAAGUUCAGUUAUUUAUGCUGGUAAGGAUAAUCUGCCACUAAACAAUGUGCAGAUGUCUGUUCUUACAUGUUGUUUAUUUAUUAUGGCAACUACAACUUAUUUGAAGUGUGCUGUCGGCUGUAGCAACAAUAAUCCAGGAAAAAUCUAAAUGCCUAGCUGCAGUUUUGUUAGAUGGAGCUGACACACCCACAGAAGAGUAACCUGAGUGUAUGUGCAUGUGCGUACCUGCCCAACCUGUCCUAACUGAUUUAUGAGUCUGACAUGCUGAACGUCAGAGAGGCCUGUGCAUAGUUUUACCUCACUGUCAUUCACAUAAAGACUGCUGUCAAUUGCAGCUUCAUUGGCUGAACAUUUCUUGCCCUCACAAAAGGUUAUUAUUGCACUAAUUAGGCCACUUUCACUUAACCUAAUGUACAGGACAACAGAUGGACAGAAGAUUAUAUAUCAUUAAAGUGAUACUUAAAUAGUUUUAAUUAUAUAUAUGUUUUGCUCAAAGUUAAUAUCAAGUACGGUAAAAAUAGAUUUGCAUUUAUUUAAUAGUAAAAAGUAAAAUUAUCAUUACAACAAUUUAAACACAUUGCAAGUAAAAGUCCUGAAUCCAGAAUGUUACUUAAGUUAAAGUACAUAGGUAUGUUCAACAACAUGUACUUAAAGUAUCAAAAGUAAAAAUACUCACUUAAUACUAAGCAUAUCUAAAAAAAAAUGUCCUGUAAAAACAAACUAGUAACUGCGGUGAAAAAGUGAAAUAUUUCCCUCUGAGAUGUAGUGGAGUAGAAGUUAAGAGUAGCAUACAAUUGAAAAGUUCAUAUAAUGUACAAGUGUGUCAAAACUUUACUUAAAUACAGUACUAGAGUAUAUUUACUUAGUUAAAUUCCAUCACUCAGUAAGUAGAAGGAGCAAAACCAUAGUAUGUUUAAGUGUUCUUAAGCAGUGCAGGAUUUUCCACGUACUAGUGCAUAAGUGUUAAC